AUGAUUCCUAAUGGAUAUUUGAUGUUUGAAGACGAAAACUUCAUUGAGUCAUCUGUUGCCAAACUAAAUGCCUUACGUAAAAGCGGUCAGUUCUGCGACGUCCGUCUCCAGGUAUGCGGACACGAGAUGUUGGCACACCGAGCCGUGCUGGCUUGCUGCAGCCCCUACCUGUUUGAAAUCUUCAAUAGUGAUAGUGAUUCUCAUGGAAUUUCCCAUGUUAAAUUCGAUGAUCUCAAUCCAGAAGCUGUUGAAGUUCUGUUGAAUUAUGCCUAUACUGCUCAGUUAAAGGCUGAUAAAGAACUGGUGAAAGAUGUAUACUCUGCAGCGAAGAAGUUGAAGAUGGAAAGAGUUAAGCAGGUUUGUGGUGACUAUUUGCUCUCCAAGAUGGAUGUUCAGAGCUGCAUCUCGUACCGAAACUUUGCAAGUUGUAUGGGAGACUUGCGUUUGUUGAACAAGAUCGAUGGCUACAUUCAGGAACAUCUUUUGCAGAUUUCAGAACAGGAAGAAUUUCUCAAACUUCCACGGUUAAAGCUUGAAGUAAUGCUGGAAGACAAUGUUGGCCUACCCAGCAACGGCAAACUGUACACAAAGGUAAUCAACUGGGUACAGCGCAGCAUCUGGGAGAAUGGAGACAGCCUGGAAGAUCUAAUGGAAGAGGUUCAAACGCUGUACUACUCAGCUGAUCACAAGCUGCUUGAUGGAAAUCUGCUAGAUGGACAGGCUGAGGUGUAUGGCAGUGAUGAUGACCACAUUCAGUUUGUGCAGAAGAAGCCCCCACGUGAGAAUGAUCACAAGCAGAUUAGUAGCAGCUCCUCUGGAAGUCUUUCUCCGAACGCUACUGUUCAGAGUCCUAAACACGAGUGGAAAAUCAUUGCUUCAGAGAAGACAUCAAGUAACACCUACCUGUGUCUCGCCGUGCUGGACGGCGUGCUGUGCGUGAUAUUCCUGCACGGCCGGAACAGCCCGCAGAGCUCUCCCACCAGCACCCCGCGCCUGCUGAAGAGUCUGAGUUUCGAGCUGCAGCCGAACGAUGUCAUAGAGAAGCCCAUGUCUCCAAUGCAGUACGCCCGCUCCGGCCUGGGCACGGCCGAACUCAACGGCAAGCUCAUCGCCGCAGGUGGCUAUAACAGAGAGGAGUGCUUGCGCACAGUGGAGUGCUACGAUCCGCAGAAGGACGCUUGGACCUUCGUGGCGCCGAUGAGAACGCCGAGGGCUCGGUUCCAGAUGGCAGUUUUAAUGGGGCAGCUGUAUGUGGUGGGUGGGUCAAACGGUCACUCUGAUGACUUGAGCUGUGGAGAAAUGUAUGAGCCAGAAAUAGAUGACUGGACUCCUGUUCCCGAACUGAGAACUAAUCGCUGCAACGCAGGAGUGUGUGCCCUGAACGGAAAACUGUACAUUGUUGGUGGCUCAGAUCCUUAUGGCCAAAAGGGACUGAAGAACUGUGAUGUGUUUGAUCCCAUAACAAAAUCUUGGACGAGCUGUGCUCCCCUUAACAUCCGGAGACAUCAGUCCGCAGUGUGUGAGCUGGGUGGGUAUUUGUACAUCAUCGGAGGAGCGGAAUCCUGGAACUGCCUGAACAGCGUGGAGCGUUACAAUCCGGAGAACAACACCUGGACCCUGAUUGCGCCCAUGAACGUGGCUCGACGAGGAGCUGGAGUGGCUGUGCAUGACGGAAAACUCUUCGUUGGUGGAGGCUUCGACGGCUCGCACGCGGUGAGCUGCGUGGAGAUGUACGACCCUGCCAAGAACGAGUGGAAGAUGAUGGGAAGUAUGACCACUCCGAGGAGCAACGCCGGCAUUACGACGGUGGCAAACAGGAUUUAUGCAGUCGGGGGAUUCGAUGGCAAUGAAUUCUUGAACACGGUGGAAGUCUACAAUCCGGAGACGAACGAGUGGAGCCCCUACACCAAAAUCUACAAGUUCGAAGUGAAUUAAAUUCCCUUU